CACCUCAUUGGUUCGGCAAAAAAUAUCUCAGCUUCAUCACAGGUUCUAGUGUCACAUACGAUAAUCACUUUCCCUUUCACGUUUCUCGUAAAUUCACCGCCUCUGAACCAACCCUUCUUUCCUUUCCCUCUAUUCAGUUUUCGUCUUUCUCUCACUGUAACGAAAUCCCCGUAGCUUCCGGAACCCUAAAGACAAAGAGGAAAAAGAAUAAGGAGGAUUGAAGUCGCGGAUUGAGUUCGCGAAUUUAGAGAAGAAGAAGGAGAAGGAGAUGUCGGAGAAAUUCUCGGCGACGCUGCGGAUUGGAGAUCUGAGCGAUUUCAUUGCGCCGUCGCAGGCUUGCAUAGUCUCUCUCAAGGGCCUCAAAGCCAAUCCAACCAAGCCAGAUAAACCUGAGGUUUCGAUUUCUAACAAGCAAUUGCAAAGUGAACCGGUUAAAAUUUCACUCAAGGACUGCUUAGCAUGCAGUGGAUGUGUAACAUCAGCUGAGACAGUUAUGCUGGAGAAGCAAAGUUUGGAUGAGUUUCUUGCUAAUGUUAAUAAUGGGAAGACUGUCAUUGUUUCACUCUCACCUCAGUCUAGAGCUUCCCUUGCAGUUCAUUUUGGCAUCUCUCCACUACAGGUUUUCAAGAAACUUACAACAUUUUUUAAAUCCUUGGGAGUAAAGGCAGUCUUCGAUACUAGUUGCAGUAGAGACUUAACCCUUGUUGAAACUUGUAACGAGUUCAUCAGUAGGUACAAACAAAGCCAAUCAACUGAUGAUGAAAGAUGUAAUUUGUCACUGCCCAUGAUUUCAUCAGCAUGUCCAGGGUGGAUAUGUUAUGCUGAAAAACAACUUGGGUCCUAUAUUCUGCCUUAUAUAUCUUCAGUGAAGAGCCCCCAGCAGACAAUUGGAUCGAUCGUUAAGCAUCAUGUAUGUCGAGAAAUGGCUCUUAGGCCAGACGAGGUUUACCAUGUAACUGUAAUGCCCUGUUAUGAUAAAAAGCUAGAAGCUGCCAGGGAGGACUUCGUGUUUCAAGCAGAACCCCAAAGUGAAACUCAUGAAAAUGGUCUUAGCAUUCCAGAGGUAGACUCUGUGUUAACCACAGGGGAAGUUUUAGAAUUGAUACAGUUAAAAUCAGUGGAUUUUAUAUCCAUGGAAGAGUCCCCACCAGAUAGAAUGCUGGCUAAUGUUAAUGAAGAAGGGCAUCUUUUUGGGGUCCAUGGAAGUUCUGGAGGUUAUGCUGAAGCAAUUUUUCGAUAUGCUGCUAGAUCACUCUUUGGAAGAGAAAUUGAAGGUCCUCUUGACUUCAGAACGAUUAGAAAUUCAGAUUUCCAAGAAGUGUCUCUUGAAGUGGAGGGGAAAACUGUUCUGAAAUUUGCAUUGUGUUAUGGUUUCCGGAACCUGCAAAAUGUUGUCAGGAAAAUUAAAAUUGGAAAAUGUGAUUACCAUUUCCUGGAGAUCAUGGCAUGUCCUGCAGGUUGCUUGAACGGUGGAGGUCAAAUCAAGCCAAAGCCUGGGCAGUCUGCAAAGGAGUUGAUUCAGUUAUUAGAAGCUGCUUAUAUGGAAAAUGUUCUGGUAGCUGACCCUUUCAAGAAUCCCCUUGUAAAAAGCUUAUAUGAUGAGUGGCUAGAGCAACCAGGCUCGGAGAAAGCUAAGAGAUUCAUGCACACAACAUACCACCCUGUGGUAAAAAGCAUUACUUCUCAGUUGCACAAUUGGUAAAAAGUUUUGCUGUCCUAACCUCUGAUUUCCUGAAUUACGUUGAAAGUCGCCAAAUUUGUCUCUCCACUGGCUCAACCCAUCAGAUUUGUGUGGCCAUCACUUCUUGUUCUGGGGAUUGCAUCCAUGGAGGAGUCCAGUUUUGAUAGAGUACACGAAUUUUUUUUGUUCUUUUUCAAAUUUUUACUCAUGUAUAUACUUCGUACUUGACUGUUAGCUAGAGAAAGAUUACUUAUGUGGC